AUGCCGGGUUUAUUACAAGAAUUUGGUCCCCGUUACCGAGGUCGGGAGGGGUUCUCCAUAGGUCCUUUUGUGACCAGACCCAAGAGCAGAGGCUCCGUCACCCUCAACUCUGCCAACCCCCUGGACGCACCACUCAUCGAUACUAACUACUUCGAUCAUCCGGAAGACAUUGCAGCCAUGAUCAGAGGUGGUGGUGCUUAUAUGGGUGCUGCACCACCCACGAGUAAGUUUGGUCCAGAUAGUGGUGUAUAUGUGUCUACUGCACCACCCAUGAGCGAGUUUGGUCCAGGUGGUGGUGUAUAUGUGUCUGCUGAAUCACCCACGAGAGCGCUGACACUGGCGGUGUCCAGUGAAGCCUACGCUUGGCCGGUGACGGGGUCUGGAGAGCCUCUCUGGCCGGAGUUACAAGUAGCCUUUACUCCCUUUACUCUCGGUAGUGACUUCGGAAUAUUAAGCCCACACAUUCUCGGCAUCAAGAAAGAUCUUUACCAACAAUACUUCCAUGAUCUAGGAGGUCGGGAGGGGUUCUCCAUAGGUCCUUUUGUGACCAGACCCAAGAGCAGAGGCUCCGUCACCCUCAACUCUGCCAACCCCCUGGACGCACCACUCAUCGAUACUAACUACUUCGAUCAUCCGGAAGACAUUGCAGCCAUGAUCAGAGGGUUAAAGUUCUCCCUUAAACUUGCAUCGAUGCCAGCAUUAAAGGAGGACUUCGAUGCUGUGUUCCACGACCGUGUACUACCAGGGUGCGAGCACGAGGUUCUCUACUCGGACAAGUACUGGGAGUGCUACAGUAAAGUCCUCGUUGGUACCUUGUACCAUCCCUGCGGCACCUGCAAGAUGGGCCCAGACUCUGAUACCUACAGCGUUCUUGACGAACAACUCAGGGUGCGUCACGUGGCUGGCCUGCGUGUUAUAGACGCGUCCAUCAUGCCAGUGGUCACCACAGGCAACAUCAACGCACCAACUAUCAUGAUAGCAGAGAAGGCCUCAGACAUGAUCAAACUAUAUUGGGACGCUCCCAUCACAUUCUGAAAUGUUCAGGCUGGAGGAAGCUCAUCGUCUUCUCUAAAAAAGUGUCUUGACCUUUCCCAUUUAUAAGGUUGACUACCGCUUGUCAUGUAGUCGACAGAUGUGGUUUAUUACAGCAGAUACUUGAUGAGUGGUUUAAGUUAUUACAGCAGAUACUUGAGUGGUUUAAGUCAUUACAGCAGAUACUUGAUGAAUGGUUUAAGUUAUUACAGCAGAUACUUGAUGAGUGGUUUAAGUUAUUACAGCAGAUACUUGAUGAGUGGUUUAAGUUAUUACAGCAGAUACUUGAUGAGUGGUUUAAAUUA